UGUGAUUACUCUCAAAUUUCGUAUUUACUUUCGUUACCAUGGGAAAGAACAUUGCCAAAUCAUAAAUCACUCGCUUCCUAAUAUUGUAUACUCCAAACAAAGUAAUGCUUCUUAGCAUUAGUUAGUAAGAAUUUGUCUUAUUGGGUAACAAAUUAAUCGUAGAUUGUCAUGCAUAUCCGAGGGGAUAAAUGAGCCACUUUACGACCCAAAAAUUAGAGAAUUAUUAGAAUCAUUGAAUUGUUAGGACCGUCAAAUAAAUUUCAUUAAAACGCAAAUCUUAUUAAAGUACUCAAUCUAUUAUUUGAAUUAGUUUUGGAAUUGUUUGAAGUUGUAACGCGAGCAGAGUGCUUAGCACUCCACGAGCUGCAACCGCGCUAAAUUCCCCUACUUUUGGAAAGGUCACGCAACGAUAAUAAGAUCAAAUGUGAAUAUAUCCUAAAUACCAAAAUAAUUUUUAUAUUGUUUAAUACUCGAAUCUAUGAACAAAAUAAUUUAUUUACAAAUUAUUUUUGAAACAUUGAUGUUUUAUAAUUCAUAAUUUUUAUUAUUUACAUGAAACUUAAUGUUAAACAAUAAAUAAAUAUGUAUACUUUAUUAUUAAUAAACGUAUACGUAUAUAUAUACAUGUGUUAUAAAAAUAAGAUUUUAAAAUGUAUUAAUUCCUGUUCAUGCAACCAUUUUAUUGGUCUGUUUUGUAAUCUCUUAGCCAGUCAAAAAUAUGUUUCCUAGUAAACAUAAUACAAAAUAUAACGAAUUGUAUAUAAACAAUGUUGUUAUCAUCACAAUCAAGCUUUAACCUCAUACCCUAUGAUAAAGUGAUAUUAUUUAAUUCAAAUCGUGAUAGGAAAAUACGAUAGGAUUACUUUUACAAUGAGUUUAUAUGCUGAUAUUCAAAAAGUAACACAAAUACCUCAGACAGAUGAAAAUGUCGUAUUUGUACGUCGAAAAGAAUCUAAUACAGUUAAACGAAAUCCAAAAUUAAAGAAGUUCAAACCUCCACAGAAUGCAAAUUUGUAUGAUUACGAUUGUAACGAUGGCCCACAUGAUGUGCUUCAAGAGCGUAGCAUACAUGAAAAUGAAAUUGCAUCCUCCAUUAUAGAAGCUAAUUGUGGUGUUAACUAUUCAAAUGAAAAACUUGAGGAACAUUGGAAACUUAGACAAAUGAAAGCUAGUUUAAAAUCCAAAGAUUGUACUUUUAAGGAGAAUUUAAAGUCUGAUACUUGUGAUUAUAAAAAUUCAACUACAGAAACUUGUAAUGGAAUUUCCAUGUUAGAAACUAGCACUAAAGAUAAAAACAAUAUUGAAAAUGUAGAAAGUACUUUAAAAAAAUGUGGUCUUAAUAAAAAUGCAGUGAUAAAAGGGCUUUUAAAAAGUCAUACAAUAUCAAUAAACGAUUUACAUAUACCAAACGAUUGUACAAAUAUAAGACAAAACAACAUUCAGAAUGAAAAUGUUCCUUCAUCAAGUAGUUUAAGUCAAGAAAACUGUAUGAAAUUAAUUCCAUUCCCAGAAGAUCCAGAGGUAUUAGUUCAAUCUUUACAAGUUCAUGGUCAUAUAGAUGAAAAUAAAUAUAAAAAUAUUGACUUUUCUGUAGCACACAUAGGUAAAAAAAAAGCAAUUACAGCACGACAAUUUUUUAUUAAUAUGAGUGAUAGUGAAUUUGAUUUUGUAAAGCCACAUAAAAUGGACAAAAAAUAAUUUAAAUAAGUAAAAACUAAUAUCUGUUACUUUUAAAAAAUAUCUUUUAACGAAAAUAAAUAGUUUAAUUUUUUAUUAUAUAUAAAUUUUAUGUUCCGAAUAUUAAAAAAAAUUAAGUUACGUUAUAUUUAUUGGAAUUUUUUUAAUUUGAUAGUAUCAUUAUAAUAAUACAGCUUUCAAACAAUGGAUUAUUUUACUUUUUCAUAUCUUAAAAUGAAGAUUUUUGUUAAGAGAUGUAGAUAAAAAAUCGUAUCUUUGUUCUAAAUGAUAUAGUUUUUAUAUAUAUCUUCGCAAUAGGUAUAUUGACUUCAUAUUUUUUCUACUUCUAAAAAUGUAUUUAAACACUGUAGAACUCGGUUUAUAUGUAUGAACCUUUCAAGGGACAAGUUGAUUCAUAUAACCGUCGUUCAUAUACGGAGUAAAUUAAUGAGGAGCACUAUAUAAAAUAACUUGUUCUCUGUUGGUUUUAUCGAGAAACGUCUUAAGUGAAUUAUGUUGCAUUUCAAUGAACUUAUUUCUUUCCUAAUAUUUUAUAUUUUUUGACAUGUCAAGAUGAUCUCGAAUUUUUUAAAUGAUAGCGUAUAUUUUCUACAACAUUAAUCGAUCCUGCUGGACAUUCUCUACAAAAAAAUAUUAAC